UUAUUUAGAGUUUAUCAAAAAUUCGACAAUUAACAAUUUAUUGAACUAAUUUAAAAUUCUUGCCAGAUUGAUUAGAAAUAAAAAGUGAUGAUCUCUGGUGAGUGAUACUUCAAUACUCAAAUGCCACAUUGACAUGUAACCUAAAAAAUACAUUUGGCAAAAGUAUUAUCGAGAGAACAAGUGUGUUAAAUUCAAAAUUACUUUUUAAAUCUAAAUAUCUUUUAACGUAUAUUCAAUUCAAUAGUGACAGAAUAAUGAAUUCAGAGCUAAAUAGUAAAUUUAACUCUAGUCAAGCAAGGGACCGAGUAAACAGUGGAGCAUUGCAAGACUUGGUAAAGAACAAUGCUGAUGUUAAUACGGUUAUUGGAGGUAAUAGUCUUCUUCAUUGGGCAGUUAUUAAUUUGGAGGAAAAUAUUUUAAUUACGCUACUCGACAAAGGAGCUAAUAUUCAUGCUAAGAAUCAUGAUAAUUUUACGCCACUCGAGAUAGCAAUUCAGAGUAAUACAGCGAAUAUAACAUCAUUGCUUAUUGAAAGAGGAGCUCUUGUUGACGAUGAUUUUCAUUCGUUACUAAAUAUGGCGAUUAAUGAGAAGAAUGAUCAAAUAGUGAAGAUGAUAAUCGAUCAUGGACUGCAGGAUAAACCAUCAGUUAAUUUAGCUAAACAUUUUAAAGUUGCUCUUUUUCAAGGAGAUUCAAAGAUACUUGAAGCCAUCCUCCCUCACUGUGGAUUUUCGAAACCAUCUGAUAUAUACAUUCCUAGAGAAUUUGUGAUGGAUACUUUUUCUCUAUAUGAAAACUGUCUUGAGUUGUUGUUAAAAUGGUAUUUCAUUAUCGGCCCAGACAGUUAUCAUGAUGAAGACUUCAUUUAUGCAGCAUUCGAAAAUGGACAUCUACCAAUUGUUAUUAAUCUCUUGGAGCAUGGAAUUGAUGUCAACAUGGUCAGUUCAAACACUGGACUCAAUCUACUGACUAUUUCCUGUAUGAACAAACAUCAUCAAAUUAUUGAGAAACUCAUGGAAUACAAAGCAGAUACAAAUGUAAAAAUACCUAGCGACAAUGAGGUAUUCGAUGAUAAUCCAAUCUUCGAUCGUCAUAUACUUGAAUUUAACGAUUUAUUUGAAUCGAAUGAUUAUGAGGAUGAUUCGAUCGAACUGACAUGUCUAUGCAUAGCAGUUUUCAAUUCCGAUCCGAUAACAGUAAACAUUUUAUUAGAACAUGGUGCUGAAAUAAAAGAUAAUACAGAAUUAUUUAAUUUAACUUGUAUAGCAGCAAAAAAUGGUUGUAUAGAAAUUGUUAAAAGAUUUUUAGAGCUUGGUGUUAAAGUUACUGAUGUUAAUUCACAUGGAGAAACCCUAUUGCAUUUUUGUCUUUCUGCUAGUUAUGAUAAGCAGGAUGCUAGUUGUAACGUUGCUGAACUACUUUUAGAAAAAGGAGCUAAUAUUUUACUUCAGCCUCGUGGCAAUAAUUAUGUCUUAAAAGCAAUAGAAAAUAAUAAUGUUAAAAUAGCUCAGCUGUUUCUAAAUCAUCAUGCUGAUAUUCAAUAUGUCAGUCCAAAUGGUGAUACUUUACUUCAUAAAGCUACGAAACAUUGUUCGGACGUUGAAUUUAUAAAAAAUUUGUUAAAACUUGAUGUAUCAGUUAAUGUAUUAAAUAAUGUUGGCCAUACACCACUUCUUAAUGCUUGUAGUCAAAGAUCAAAGGAUCAAUUGAAGAUAGUUAAAACACUUUUACGUCAUAAAGCAAACGUUGACUAUAGAAGUAGUUGUUCAUUGACUCCUCUAAUGAUGGCAACUUAUGAUAAACAUAUACCAAUCAUUAAAAUAUUACUCAAUCAUCAAGCUGAUCUAAAUGCUAAAGAUCAAUAUGGCCAAACUUGUCUUCAUUUUGCUUGUAAAUCUAUGAGUGGGGAAACUAUAACUAUAAUAAUGCUAUUGCUGAAACAUGGAGCAGAUAUUGAAGCUGUAGAUGUAGAUGGGAGGACACCUCUUUUUACAGCUCUUGAAACAGGUAAUUUAGACGCAGUUCAAUCUCUAUUGCAUCAUCAAGCUAAUCCUAAUCAUAUUGAUUUAGAAAAUUUUACUCCUCUUCAUUUUGCUAUUAAACAGGCGUUUGAAUUAUUGCAUUUCUUUAAUAUGAUUUAUCAAGCAGUAGAAUUAUUAAUAAAAUAUGGUGCUAAUAUUGAUGUUUUGGAUAAACAAAAUCGAACUCCACUUCAAUAUGCAAUUGAAAUUAAUUUAGGUCCUAAUAAUUGUGUCAAAAACAAAUUACAGGUAACAAUAAUUAGAAAUUUAUUAAAUCAAGGAAUCAAAUUGAAGACUAUUGGAAUAAAGUUGAAGAAUUAUAAUUCAAAUGUGGAGUAUAAUUUUGAUAGUUAUGUAAUCAUCGAUAAUAGAAAGUAUUUAGUAAAAAAUAUUCUUCAACUCAAUGUUGAUCCUGAGUUCAGUGAAGUAAUUGAUGAUAACGAACAUUCUUAUGAUGGGGUUUCCAUUGGAGAUUUAAAAGCUCAAUGUGAGGAAGAAAUUCAAAAAAUGAAAAAUACAAAGAUUGGUGUAAAUCAUUUUACUUUUUAUGAUUUAUUUGAAGGAAAUAUUAAUAUGAUAUGUGCUGUUUUUGAAAAUGAUAAAAUCAAACAUCUAAAAAUGGGAGCUUAUGAUGAACAAUUUCCAUUAUAUAUAGACAUUAUCAAGAACCGUCUUCGAGAUGCAAGCCUUCUUUACCAACCAUUUAUACCAAGGAUAUCUGCUAGAGAAUAUUUCAAGUCAAAAAUUAAUCGACGAUUAUCUAACCAAUGUAUCGAUUUGAUAUUAAGUUAUUUAAAUAGUGAUGAGGUAAAAAUUUUCAUCGAAGCUAUGAAGCCAUCAAGUAAUUAAUAAUUUAAAAUUACAUACUACAUUUUAUUUAUUGUAUAAUAAUAUUUUAUUGUUUAAUUUGUUAAAUGUAUUUUACUAUAUUCUAUAUUCCAGUAUAUAUUUUUAUAAUUGUCAUUUUUUAACUAUUCCAAUAGGUAAUAAAGAGAAAUUUGUUUCUCUUUUUUUAUCUAUUAAAACUCAGGACUUACUGUUAGGCAAAGAGAUACAAUUACAAAAACCGUUCAUGUGAACAUAGUAACAUAUUUAUAAUAUUUUUUUCUAUAUAAUCACGGAGAUUACAAUUUAAUAAUGAUAAUAACAAAAGAAAAUUUUAAAUUACCGUAAUAAAUAAUAAAAAACAAUAAUUUAAGAAUAUAAAAUUAAAUCGACCAAUCAAAAAAGUGUAGCCAUUUUAUUCGUGCGCUGAUUGGUUGAUUUUAUUUUAAAAUUUUCGAAAUAAAAAUAAAAAUAAAAUAAUUUUUUACGUUGUCGGCUUGAGGUAGUAUUUCUAGUAUUUUUUCACCAUUGGUGUGUUAGUUGUUCAUUCAGUAACAUGACAUGAAAAUUUUUCAUUCAAUUAAAAUUAUUUUAUUUUUAAUUUUAUUAAAAUUAGUGUAUUUUUUAAUUUUUACCACAAUGUAUUUCUACUUUUCCACAUGUUUUUUAACGUACUUUGUUUUUCUAAGUAUCAAAAAUGAUUUUUAAAUUAUCUAAACAAUUAAAAACUAAAAGAUGUUCCUUAUAUGUAAUCCAAACCAGAAGAACAAUAGAAAUUAUCUCGUAAUUUCUACUCUAAAAUUUUCUUUAAAAGUAAUAAAACAUGUGUUUUAUUAUAAUACAAAUCAACAUAAGCAUCUACAGGCCACAUAUCAUAUUUGUUUAAAAUAUAGUAAGUUAGAAUAAGACCCUGAAUAUAAUUUUUAAGCAGUCUGUUCAAAACUCUCUUACUGUUAAGAUUGUAAGCACCUUUCUCGAGUUUUUUUCUGACAAAUAAAUUUUUUGUUUUGUAUAUAUUUUCAUUAAGGUAAAUUACAAUCUGUUAUUAUUUAACAAAAAGCAGUUCU